AUGAUAGAAACCAUGGGAGAUUUUUCAAGUAUUGAUAGAUCAGAAUUAACUGAAUCUUCAAAUAUGUAUUUAGAACUCAACAAUGAACCACAAUUUCAUCCAUUAUGGUGCAUUUUACCAUCAAAAAAUGGUACUAACAAUCAUAUACCAUAUUCCACACCAUGUAAAGAGAACCACCGAAAUAAUUCAGAACCAACUGAUAACAGGAGUUAUAAAAAUAAUUCUGUUCCACGAAUCUCUGAUGUAAAUACUUUGGAUAAUUGUGAAAAAACAGUUCAAUCGAUCAGUAUAAAUUUAUCUCUUGCACAAAAUAAGUCUUUUUCAUUGUGUACUUCAAAUGACGGAAAUAUUCCCAAUACGAGAGUGCACAAGCUGGAUGACACAAAACUGCAUCAGGGUAACGGAAUAUCAGAAAUGACUACAAAACAAACAAUCAAUAGUUCCGAAAUCCCUGUUAUACAAAACAUAAUAUCACCACAAUUUCCAACAAACGAAUUUGCCACAACACCUAUUGAAUCACAACAAUAUGAUAUAAAUAAUUGUCAGAUCAGUUCUUUGAAUCGAAUGAAUGGUCUGACAAAAACAACUACAACUGACCAAUCAGACAGACAGCAGAAUAUGAGUACUGAAGAAGUAUUCCCAGAACGACACCGUUCUGCUCAAGGUUCCUACCAGGAGGAACCAUUUAUAAAUACAGAUUGCUGUUCAAGAUUUGAUGUAUCUGGUGUAGAUCUUAAACAAGCGUCAGCUAUUGUAAAUACGGUACAUACAGUGAACGGAGUACAACAAUACACAGAAACAAACAGCGACAACUGCUUAUUAAAGCAUAAUCAUUCAUACGGCACCAGCGAUUACAAAGGUAAUCCAAAUCAAUAUUCAUGUCCUCAACCAGAAUUAAAUAUAAGCGCCGGCUAUCCGAUUACGUCUAUUCAUAAUACUACAGAAGAACAUGCUUCACUUGAGAUUAGCUCUGAAACACAAAGAGCAUUGGAAUCAUCGAAUAGUACACCUCCAUCAACUGAAAAAACCGAUAAUCAUUGUCAAGAAAAAUCUAAUUUAUUGCUUACUCCGUCUCACCAUUCUCCCUUAACCAAAACUACAUUAAAUAAUCAAAUGAUUAAUUCUAACUGGACAAAAAGCGGUCAGUGGAAUACCGACUGUUCAGUAUCUAAUCACCAAGCAAAUGAGCGCCAAAAUUCCUAUUGUUUUGAAAAAGAUACAAAUGAACAUGUAUUUUUAGACUAUAAUGAUGCAAAUUCAACUGUUAUACAAUCCCCUGAUGCUUUUACAGAUGAUCAAACAGGUCAUUCCAUAGUUAGUAGUGAUGCACAAUCAUCUGGUGAUGAGUCGGAUGAAGGAAUGAGUUUAGUUAAUUUCGAACACUUCACAAAUUCAAUGCAACCAAAUCAUGCUGGUUUAUAUUUCUGUCAUUUAUGUGAUUUUGCAGGAAGUGGUAGACAAGAAUUUCAAGACCAUUUAUUAUCACAUUAUGAUUAUAAAUGUUUAAAAUGUGAUUACACUUCACGUACAGAAGGUCGUUUAAAACGUCAUAUGAAAGAUUUUCAUUCCGAUGUACCGCCGGAAAAUUUCUCUGGUAAAACAAUCAGAUCUAUACGUUCAAAAUUGCAACGAUGCAAACAAUGUGAUUUUGUCACAGAUACAAAGGAUGAAUUUUGGCGUCAUUUACGUAUCCAUAUUAAAGAAGAUAAACGGUUAGAAUGUCAUUUAUGCUGUUUUAUAACAGAAUAUAAACAUCAUUUAGAAUAUCAUAUGCGUAAUCAUAUGGGAUCUAAACCCUAUAAAUGUCCAAAGUGUAAUUAUGAAUGUGUCAAUAAGUCAAUGUUAAAUAGUCAUAUGAAAUCUCAUUCAAACGUUUAUCCAUAUCGUUGUGCAAAUUGUAAUUAUGCUACAAAAUAUUGUCAUAGUUUAAAAUUACACCUUACAAAGCAUGAACAUAAGCCAGCUGUAGUUUUAAAUUCUGAUGGAAGUCUACCACCCUAUGAUAAUACAGUAGAAUUAAUGAAUGUGAAACGUGGACCGAAUAUUCGACAUGGUAAUUCAAAAUCACACUGCAAACGCCGUAAUUCAUCAGAAUCAACAAAAAAUAGAAUGAAAGGGUCGUCAGCAUUAAAAUGUAUCAAUGAAAAAGCUACACAUGUUAGUACAACAUCUAAAUGUUCAACAAGUGAAAAUACAACUCCAAAUAAAGAAUAUCAAAAUCAAACUAUGGAAAAUGCAAAUUCCAUGAAUAUACCCAUGAAUGUAAAUUGUAAUUCAUCAUUUAAUACAAGCCAGUCAGUGUCUGGAUUCAAAACAUUCGUAACGACAGAAUCAAAUAACAUUUCAUUUUCAAAUUCAACUUUAAGUACACCUAUACUAUUUCCAACCUUUACUAGUGCAAAUAAUAUUCCGGUGAAGUUCAUGGAAACAGUUAAUUCCAUAACAUCAGACUCAAUACCAAUUAUUAAUUCUAUUAGUGAUUCAUCAAUUACUAGUAAUAAUACAAUUAUGAAUUCCUAUUCAAAUCCAACAGGUUGUAAUUCAAAUGAAAUUGAAGGACAAUGUGUAACUGUAACUUCUGAUCCAUUUUUAAAUUAUUCCGUUUCUGCAUAUUCAUCAAUGGUAGCUUUUAUGGCUGCAAUGCAAUGUGGUGAUUUUAGUCGAGCUCAUUUAAUUUCAUCUAGUUCAACAAAUUUAACAGAAUUCACUGAUUUAAAUUUUACACCAUCUAAUUCUCUUUGUACAACAGAUAGUUCUAAUACAAUAUCAUCCGUUGAAUGUUGUAAUAAUCAAGUAGUAACUUCUAUAACAUCAUCCAAUUGUAGUAAAUAUAUACAAGCAAAUGAAUUGAAUAAUACUAUUUCAAACGUUUCUGAAAUAAAUUAUCCAAUAAUUAAUUCAUUUAAUUUAAAUACAAAUACCAAAAUUACUCAUUCAAUAAAUGAAUUAAAUCAUUCGUCAAUUUGUUCAUCAUCUACUACUUCUAAUAUGUUUACUACAUCUAAUAAACAUCAAUUUCUUCAAGAAAAAGAAAUCCUACAACAAGAAUCAAUGGAAAUCAUUGAAACCAGUGAAACAUCAUGUAGGAACUUAGAAAAAACAAAAAUGAUCAUAUCAAAUAAACCUGUAUGUAAUGAUUUUGAAUCAGCUUUAGAUUUAUCCUCUGCAUCAUGUAUUAAACAAAUUAUAAGCUGUGAUAAAUUUCAUAGACCAAACACUUCUGAAGAUAAUGAACAAAAUUUUCAAAUUAUCAAACGUGAAAAAAACAAUAAAAAAUCGUACAUAAAAGAGUCACAAACUGUUAAGUCGUCAAUCAUAUCAUCAUCAUCAUCAUCAUCAACAACAACAACAACCUUAAUGGAUGAUAGUUUGAAUAAUAAUAAUAAUAAUAAUAAUAAAGAUUCAUCAGACUUCACUCAUGAAUGUCGAUUUUGUGAAAUACGCUUUCGUCAACGUACUCUAUAUGAUAUACAUAUGGGAUUUCAUAGUCAUUCUGAUCCUUAUUUAUGCAAUCGUUGUGGUCAUCAAAGUAAUGAUUCUGUUGAAUUCUUUACUCAUCUUGGAGAAGAAGCACAUUAUUCAUAA